GUUGGGGGCAGUGAAAGACCUCAGCUGCGUUUAGUCCGCCUCAAAGCUCCGCAGAAGAAGAAAACGGUGCGUCGGCGAAAUAAUUCCUUCCGUUAAUUCCGAAUUUCCAAAACACAAGAAUGCAGUUUCAGCCCUUCCACUUCCUCGGGCUGGACUAGAAGAGGAGAGAUGGAUGCCCUCACUCAUAUGCUCACUGACCCUCUUGAUCCAAAGGAGGGGAACAAUGGGCAGAUCACAGAGGAGUGCAUGUUGGGAAACUGUCGAGUGAGCCUCCCAGAGGACCUGCUGGAGGAUCCUGAAAUAUUUUUCUCUGUGAUGAGCGAGAGCACGUGGACUGAUGUGCUGUCCGACUCCCAGAGACAGCACCUUCGUCAGUUCCUGCCUCAGUUUCCUGACAACAACAUCGCGGAGCAGAAUAGCACCAUCAGCGAUCUGUUCAAGGAUAAGAACUUUAACUUUGGGAAUCCCCUCCAUCUCGCACAGAAGCUGUUCAGAGAUGGCUACUUCAAUCCUGAGGUUGUCAAGUACAGGCAACUGUGUGCCAAGUCCCAGAAGAGGCGGCAGUUGUACUCCCUGCAGCAGUAUUACCACAGACUGUUGAAACAGAUUCUCGUCUCUAGGAAGGAGCUACUGGAGUUUGCAGUUCACAGUGGGUUGGACUUCCCUAUGAAACGCAAGUUGCCCACAAAGACUCAGAUUGAGAUGCAGGAACCGAGAGUGAGAAGGAGAAUGGGCCGGAUACUAAAGGAAGUCAAAAUGGAGUGCGGUGACAGUAAUGCUUCGUCAGAUGAUGACGACUCAGCGUCGUGGCCGCCAGCCCCACAGUCGCCUUCCUCUCCAACGUCCACAGUCUCACUCAGGGUGCUCUCCAGCCUCUCCACCCAAGACAUGAAGACUACCGAUAAAAUAGAACUAGGAGAGCAGGACUUGAAAAUGAUGCUGCUGAACCACAGGGAAAAGAGGAAACGACAACCAGACCAUCCAGACUUGAUGACCUCCGAUAUCCACCUUGGAGAAAUGGUUUCAAGAGUAAAUAUUGGCAGGAAAGGUUCCACUAUGCCACUCUUUGAUCUAUCGCUGCCGAAGAAGAAGAUAAUGAGAGAGGAGAGGAGGAAGAAGAAAAUGAGGACAGUGAAAAUGGAAUCUGAGGAGCCCUGUGAAUCUCUCGCACCUUCAGAGACCCCAGCUCCACCAGCAAACAUCAUCACCCCUCUGUCAGAGGCACCGUCCACUCCACUAGCCAACAUCAAGGAGGAGAUGACCGAGGAGUCUCAGAACAGCCCGGCCAUGGUUGAGGAGAUAGCCGUCAGUUUCUUCAACUUGUUGGAGAGUAUCUUGAAGGCAGAAAACCUGAUCACCACUUCAAUGGUGGAGGAGAAAGUUCAGAUGUGGCAGUCUUCUCCAGCCAGCUCCCUCAACUUGUGGUUCUCUUUUGCCUCCUGUUGGUCUGAGCUGGUUCUUGGAGCCCUGCAGUUCCUUGCAGGAGAGGCCAAAGAGGGUAUGAUGGCACUCCCAAGUGGCUACUCUCCGUAUGUGGAAUUUGGUGAACAGACUCAGCAGUGGAGGUGGAUUGGCCCCGCUCAGGAUGCAGAGAAGGAUCUCAGCGCUCUCUGUCAGCUGUGGCUGGACUCCAAAGAUUUAGUUGUCAAGACAGAAAAUGAAGAACUUGCAGAGAUGACAUCUCCCACACCUCGAGUCAGUUGGACUGACUAUGUGGUGCGGCCCAGCACUGGAGAUGAGAGACAUGUGUUUCAAAUCCAGGAGCAGCAGCGGUACGACCAGCCACAUAAAGCCUUCACAUUUAGGAUGCACGGCUUCGAGUCUGUGGUGGGGCCUGUUAAAGGGGUAUUUGAUAAGGAAAUGUCUCUCAACAAAGCCAGGGAGCACACGCUACUUCGCUCAGACCGUCCAGCCUACGUCACCAUUCUCUCUCUGGUGCGGGAUGCAGCGGCCAGGUUACCAAAUGGAGAGGGAACCAGAGCAGAGAUCUGUGAACUACUGAAGGACUCACAGUUUCUUGCUCCAGAUGUCACCAGUGCUCAGGUGAACACAGUUGUCAGCGGCGCUCUGGACAGACUUCACUAUGAGAAGGAUCCCUGUGUCAAGUAUGACAUCGGCCGCAAGCUGUGGAUUUACCUGCACCGCAGUCGCAGUCAGGAGGAGUUUGAGAGGAUCCACCAAGCCCAAGCAGCUGCUGCCAAAGCAAGAAAAGCUCUACAGCAGAAACCUAAACCUCCAUCCAAGCCUAAGUCUGGCAGUAAAGAGGGAGGCAGUAAAACCCCUGGAUGUCUGGAGGCAGGACAGGACACUGGCACAAAUCCCAUGUCACCGACCCCCACGACUCCGACCCCAAGCACACCUGGAACCCCCAAAUCACCUUUGGCCUCUACAGCCACCACACCAACUAAGACUGGAGUUCCUGAUACAAUCAAGACCAGCCCAGGUGUUCUCCUUGUAUCCCCUCCCACCAUGCCUCAGCUGGGAACCAUCCUGCCCACCAGUCAGGCUGCUCCACCAGCCUCACAGCCACCCACGUCCCAACACGCAGCUCGGAUAGUGAGUCACCUUGCAGCUGGCUCCCUGCCACAGGUACGCGUGGUUUCUGCUCAGCCUGGUCUGGCUGCUCCAGCAGGAAGUCAGCAGGCCACACUGGUGCACCAGACCCCACACCAGAUCAGGGUGCCAGUCUCAGUGGGAACCAAGGCCAUUUCACAGGCAGUGGUGUCAUUGCCUCUGAGGAGUCAGGCUGCUAGUAGUCCAGUCCAGGUGCCGACCACCCUGUCAGUUUCCGCUGUAACUGUGGCCAAACCUCAAACCUCACCUGGCAGCCCAGCCAACAACCCUACCUCACCUGCUGUUCUACAAGGAGUUGGCAGCCCAAACAUCAAACAGGUGUCCAUCACGGGCCAGUUGGGAAUGAAGACUCCAGGUGGAGCGGGGAUUCCAAUAACUGCUACAAAUUUACGCAUCCAGGGUAAAGAUGUUCUCCGGCUUCCACCAUCCUCCAUCACCACAGAUGCCAAAGGCCAGACAGUGCUACGCAUCACCCCAGACAUGAUGGCUACCCUCGCAAAGUCUCCAGUUACAACUGUGAAACUAACUCCUGAUUUCCUGGGCACUGCAGCCACAGGAAGCAAGAGCAUAUCAGCCACUCUCCACGUGACUCCGCCCCACCCCUCGCCCUCCUCUGCCACUAGUGCAGCCUCCUGCACAGGGGAAGCCCAGACCAGCAAAGCAGGCAGCGGCGCCUCCACCUUGCUAAAGGCUGCAGGAGACACCGCCAUUCGCUUGAUGCCCACACUGGCCGUCAGUGUGGCCGACCAGAAAACCAGGACCUUCUCCACUGUCUCCUCCCCUGACACUAAGAGCGCUGCCACCAUUCGCAUAAUGCCAGGCCUCGGUGUUAUUCCACAAAAGCAGGGCCAGACCAUCACCAUGACAACUGCUACUGGCAAUAAACCGCCCACCGUCUCUACAGGUGCUAACGCAGUCACCAUGGGUGCCAGCGGAGUGGCUGCAGCCAAGGGAAUCACAGUCGGCUCCGCAGCCUCAGGCUCACCCCUGACCCUGGGCACGGCUACAGCCACUGUGCGCCAAGUCCCUGCUACAGUGGUGACUACACAAACUGGGAAAUUGCCUGCACGGAUCACAGUGCCCCUCUCUGUCCUCAACCAACCACUGAAGAGCAAGAGUGUUGUGACCACGCCAAUAAUGAAGGGAAGCCUCAACACCAAUAUCAGCAGUCUGGGGAGGAACAUUAUCCUGACCACCAUGCCUGCUGGCACUAAGCUGAUCGCAGGGAACAAGCCCGUCAGCUUCGUCACAGCGCAACAGCUACAGCAGCUGCAGCAGCAAGGACAGGCCACACAGGUUCGUAUCCAGACGGUGCCAGCACAGCAGCUCCAGCAGCACAUGGCAACUGGCUCCCCGAAAUCUGUUUCCACAGUUGUAGUCACAACGGCACCUUCACCUAAAUGUGUGCCCGAUCCCCCUCCUGCACCUCAACAGUGAAACUGUCUCAUCAGCCAGCAAUGAAAAGUAGUUCCACUGCACAAUAUGUGUGCCUGUUGUUGUUGUUGUGUUUUCAGCAUCUUUGUUAAUUCAUGUUUUCGGUCGUUUGAUGUGUGUCUGCUCUUGCAAACAAAGGCCAUAUAACAAUAACAGCAUUCUUGUAUGGGUGUUAUGUCAUACAGUAUGUAUUUCCCUCAGUUUGAAGCAUACCCUCAUGCUGGCAGCCACACAGCUCUUGUCUGUUGUUGUUGGCUAUAAAACCUAGCCUGUGUGUGUAUUUUUUGUUGUCAUUCCCAUUGACAGACUGGGAUUUAAACAGCUGCUGGUUCAUCUUGUGUUGGAGAGUGUUGAUUUGUCCUAGAGACAGACUUGCUGCUGUUGGAAAUGGGCAUUUUAAGCAAGAAUACUCAUAUUCAUGUUGAUAAUGCAGCUGAUUCUGUAAUUACAUUUGGAUCUCUGUCAUACUUGUAUGUGUUUCAUUAUUAUAUCUCUUGUAACUAAACAAGAGGGCAGUAGUAAUAUUGUUUACGGCACACCAGGCUAUUGACAACUAGAGACAUGUUCAGUGGUGGCUGCAGUGUUACCAUGGAAACGAUAAUAAACUUUGUCUCUACCUAUGGUCAACAACAACUAGACAUCCCUGUUCAUCCCAAAAUCUCUGUAAGGACCAGCUGCUCUCUGUCUCACCAUCUGUUAACCAUUUAGAGAUAUACUUCUUAUCUCACAUUAAAUUUUUAUUUCCUCUUAAGGUUACAGAGUUCCUCUUCUGUUUAUAACAGUGUUUUGGUACCAAUGUCUGUGGGAUAUUCUUGCCUUUUCUUUGUUUUUGAAUAUUAGAGAUAUGUAAUAUUAGAAUAUAUCAGCCAAGUAGGGCUUAUUGUUGUGUGUUUGAAUGUUGUGAAUUGUUGAUUUGUUUGAGUUAAUAUAUUUGUUUUCCCUUA